UCCCAACGGAGUUGGUCAAAACUGCUGUGAUAAGUCUCCCACCGGGGUUUCCCAGGUCGACUGUGACAGCAAAACAGUCAAUGAUGAAGACCAGGUGGCAGCACGAAAAGUCAACUUGAAUAAUGCCGAUAUGGAAUAUUCCAGCUGUGAACGUACUGGAGACCUGUGUGUUGCACAUCCUGGGAAGGAGAUGGACUAUACUGAACACCCUGGGAAGAAGAUGAGCUGUUCUGAACACCCUGGGGAGGAGAGUGACAGCAGGGAGACCCAAACAACAGACAUGAUCCCGCAGCAGGAAACGUGUGAUGUGAACUUUCCCCGACCAGUCAACAAGUCAACCUCACAGGUACAGGGGAGCAAAGGUGAUAUGGGAAGGCACAUGGUUAAACACACUGGAGAAAAACCCUACAUGUGUGGGGAGUGUGGGUACAGGGCAGCUUGCAAGUCUUAUUUAUCCCAACAUUUAAGAACCCAUACAGGUGAAAAACCCUACAAGUGUGACCAAUGUGACUAUUCUGCAGCCCACAAAGGCACCUUAGAUGAACAUAAAGCAAAACACACCGGUGAAAAACGCUACAUGUGUGAGAAGUGUGGAUACUGGACAGGUCAUAAGUCCCACUUAACCAACCACAUAAGAACUCACACCGGUGAGAAACCCUACAUGUGUGGGGAGUGUGGAUACAGGACAGCUUACAAAUCUCACUUAUCUCAACAUAUGAAAACCCAUACAAGGGAAAAACCUUACAAGUGUGACCAGUGUGACUAUUCUGCAACACUAAAAGCCAAUUUGAAGAAACAUCUAGCAAAGGUGAGAAACCCUACCUUUGUGAGGAGUGUGGGUACAGGACAUCUGACAAGUCUUCCUUAUCCCGACAUAUGA